ACGACCGGUUCUUAUUUCCGGUUCAUCAGCUCUGAUUAAAAAUUGGGUCCUUCCACUGUUCUAUUUGAAACCCUAAAUCCCCUAUUCUAAGUAGCUGCCCUUGAUCGAACAAAUUAAAUUGCUCAAUCCAGUUUUUUCUUUAAUCAAUCAUGGGCAACUCACCCGAGGAAGAGUACGACGCGUUCUUGGAGAAGGUGAAGAGGACGAUAUACGUAGACAAUUUGUCUCCCCAAGUUACCGAAUCUGUAUUGAAAGCCGCUUUCAACCAGUUUGGCAAUGUGAGCAGCGUUCAAUUUAUCCCCAACUAUUUCGAAUCGAAGAACAUGCCGCAAUCGGCUCUAGUGAUAAUGGAGAACCCUAAGCAGGCCCGAGAAAUUAUCGGUCAGAUGGAAAAUUAUUGUCUCAUGAUAUUGGGUAUGCCGAGGCCCGUCCGUGCCCAGCCUGCUAAAGUCGAGAUGUUCGAUGAUCGUCCGAGAAAACCGGGACGUAAGAUAGUGUGUCGUUGGGUGGACCCCACGGAACCCGAUUUUGAGGUGGCCAAGAAAAUCAAGAACCUUGUUAGGAAACAUGCUGCAGAAGCAUCCCUAGUGCUUGAGCAUCAACGAGGCGAAGAAGAAAAGCUUGCAAACCAACAGAGUGAAACAUUGAAAGGGCACUAUAGGAAGUACGAGCUGUUGGAUAGUGUUCUCGAUGAUGGAACGGCCAAACAUUUGGAGCGUUAUUAUAACAUGAAACUUACUGAUUGAUGAUGCUUGAUCGACUUUUUGUGAUCGAUCUUCGCUGUAUCUAUAGAGCAUAUUGCAGGAUUUAGAAAACCUCAAAAAAUUUAUCCUUAGAAAACGAGUAUUUUCUUGGUGUAUACUUUUCUUACAUCAGAAAAAGAUUUAUCUUUGAUUUGUUGUUUUCGCUUUUGUUCGAAGAUGGUUGUUGUAUAAAGUCUUUUGUAGUGAAGCUAAUUUCUGAACCAAACUUCAAUGUUUAUAUUUGUCU